GGGGCGGGGCCCGGCGGGAGGAGCGGGUCACGUGCUGCCCAGCGUCGGGCGGAGGGAGCGGGCAGCGAGCAGCGCCGCAGCCUGGGCUCCGCGGGAGGGGACCGGACCCGCCACGAUCUCGGCGGGUGGGGCCCCUGAGCCGGCAGAAUGUCCCUGGCUGCGUAUUGUAUCAUCUGUUGCCGGAGAAUAAGAACCUCAGCUCCUCCAGCCAAGAGCCGAACGUACUGGAGGGAUGGCAGAAACAUCAUCAAGCUUACCGGGUCACUGAUCUUAGGAGGCUCUUUAUUUUUUACAUAUGAAGUUCUGGCCCUGAAGAAGUCUUUGACAUUACACACUGAAGUGGUAGAGAAAGAGAAGAUGAAGUCCUACAUCUACAUGUACACGGGCUCUCUAGAUGAAAAAGGCGAUUAUGGAAUCACUUACCUGGCGAGGAAAGAGAUCCACAAAGCAGUCAGAGCGAUUCUAGCAACGUCAGCCAAGCUGUUGCAGAGCCCGUUUUCUGACACGUUCAGCACCGUGGAUGUGGAGGACCACGAGUGCCCCGUGUGGCUGCUGCUUCGGAAGAGCCAGUCGAAGGCCCGGGAGGCCCGGCUGCAGGCCGUGCAGGAGAUGGCCGAGGCCCGCCACUGGCAAGAUUACCAGUACAGGACCAUUGCACAGGCCGCAGAUCUGAGAACCCUCGUCGGCUUGGCACGGAGCAAAGACAGUGACCUUCGCUUCUUCCUACCACCGCCUCGUUUGCCUGCCAUGAAAGAAGACUCCUGCAUCGAGGAGGAGCUCAGGCAGCUGCUGUCCUCCCUGCCCCAGACGGAGCUCGACGAGUGUAUCCAGAACUUUACGUCUCUGGCCCUGAGCGAGAGCAGCCAGAGCCUCGCGGCGCAGAAGGGUGGCCUGUGGUGUUUCGGAGGAAACGGACUUCCCUACGCGGAGAGCUUCGAGGUGCCCUCGGUGACCAUGGAGAUGUUCUGCCUGGAAGCGAUCGUCAAACAUUCCGAGAUCGCGGCGCACUGCGACAAGCUGGAGAGGAACGGCGGGCUGCAGCUGCUGCAGCGGCUCUACCUGCUGCACCAGGACUGCCCGCAGGUGCGCCGCAGCGUCCUGCGCAUCGUGGGCAACAUGGCCCUCCGCGAGCACCUGCACGCCGCCAUCGCCCGCGCCGGCUGGGUCUCCAUCAUGGCCGAAGCCAUGAAGUCUCGCCACAUCAUCGACGUCUCGCACGCGGCCAGGGCCCUGGCGAACCUGGACCGGGACAGCGUGCGGGAGAAGUACCCGGACGGGGUGUACGUGCUGCACCCCCAGUUCCGGACCAGUCAGCCCAUUAAAGCAGAUGUCCUUUUUAUUCAUGGCCUCAUGGGAGCAGCCUUCAAAACCUGGCGCCAGCAGGACAAUGAGCAGAACCUGACGGAGGCUUUCUCCGAGGAUGAAGCUGGGUACACGACGUGUUGGCCCAAGUCAUGGCUCGCCAGAGACUGCCCCGCGCUCCGCAUCAUCUCUGUGGAGUACGACACCAGCCUGAGCGACUGGCGGGCGCGGUGCCCGAUGGAAAGGAAGUCCAUUGCCUUCAGGAGCAACGAACUCCUGCAGAAGCUCCGAGCGGCCGGCGUGGGGGAGCGGCCGGUGAUCUGGGUAUCCCACAGCAUGGGGGGCCUUCUCGUCAAGAAGAUGCUGCUGGAGGCCUCCAAGAAGCCGGAGAUGAGCCGGCUGGCCAGCAACACGCGCGGGGUCAUCUUCUACAGCGUGCCCCACCGCGGCUCCCACCUGGCCGAGUACUCGGUCAACGUCCGCUACCUGCUCUUCCCCUCCCUGGAGGUCAAGGAGCUCAGCAAAGAUUCUCCGGAACUGAAAAUCCUGCAGGACGAUUUCCUGGAGUUCGCGAAAGGCCAGAACUUCCAGGUGCUGAAUUUCGUGGAGACGCUGCCGACCUACAUCGGGAGCAUGAUCAAGCUGCACGUGGUGCCCGCCGAGUCGGCAGACCUAGGCAUUGGAGACCUCAUUUCCGUGGAUGUGAACCACUUGGACAUCUGUAAGCCCAAGAGGAAGGAUGCUUUUUUAUACCAGCGCACCUUACAGUUCAUCCGAGAGACUUUAGCCAAAGACCUGGAAAACUGACGGUGGCCUUCCCUCCCUCAUGAGCAGAGAUGGUGCGGGAACCUGGUGUUUUCAUUCUUUCUAGCGCUCAGCAGCUGUGCGGAGGUCAGCAUCCCGAGCGUCUGGGGCGGGCCGUGGGCUGCGGGCUCUUGUUAUAAAAAGCACAGACACAGAGUGAAGGCUUGGGGCUGGGGCAAAAGGGCAGCAGGGAGGGUACUUCCCUUGCCCUCAGCCAACCGGGUUCAAUCCCCAGCAUCCCAUAGAAUCCCCUGAGCACUGCCAGGAGUGAUCCAUAAGCAUUGCCGGGUGUGUCCUACCUACAAAAAAAAAAAGAAAAGAAAGAAAAAGAAUGAAGCCCACACUGCCAUCUUGGAUUCCCAAGAAUUUCCACGUGGGCCCGGUGGCGCUGGCACUUUGCCCGGGUUCUGGGGAACCCCCACCCGCCUCCCCCACUUUGCCCCCCAAUGCCGUUUGGAGAGAACCUCAGUGGGCCGAGCGGGAGCUCGCACAGAGGAGUCGGGCUUUGUUGUGCCACAUGCCAUGGACUUGGGGGAACUGUAACUGAAACUGUCUCGGUGGUCACGAUAGACUGUGCUCCCCAGGGCGCAGUGUCUUGUCACUUUAUUUUCAUAGUGCUGAGAACAAAUGUCUCUUCUUACAAAGCAUUCUACCCUAGAGAAAUUCUAGAUGGUAGCUACCGGUAUGUGGGAUUUUUCCCAGAAAAGGAGAAAGUAGCUAGCCCAUUAUUGACCGGGGGUAAAACUACUCAGAGUCGUCGUGUGUGUGUGUGUGUUUGUGUGUGUGAAGACAUUAUAGUAUCAAGAUUCUCAGGGCUAGAGUGAUCGUACAGUGGGUAGAGCAGUUGCCUUGCACCUGGCCGAGGCUGGAUCAAUCCCCAGCACCACGUGUCCCCGGAGCCUACAAGAGUGAUCCCUGAGCACAGAGCCAGGAGUAAGCCCAGAGCACCGCCGGGUUUGGCCCAAAACAACAAAAAUAAUUGCCAGAUUCUCUUGGCGCUAAAUCAUUUAUAUACAUCAGGCCCUCAACAGUUCAGGUUGUUUCCUUAGAACACCGGGGAGAAGAAAGCCAUUCCAGAGAAAGGAGGUUAAUCGAAGGCCUUUCAUUGCAUGUUCUUUUGUUUCGAUCCCAAACCUCAAAGGUGCCAGUGAGGACGGGAUGGUGGGGGAUCCUGCCAGCGUUUCCUUCGUGGCACUGUUGAUCUGUGGGUUACCUGCCCUCGGCAGACGCUGCCCUCCUUUCUCUGGGGAAGGGCGUGUAACGGCAUUUCCUGUGUGUGGACUCACAGUGGGGACCCCGUCCCAUGGCUUUCUCUUGGCCUGGUGUUCCCGGGGUCAUGGUGACGCAGCCCGGAUAAGUACUGCAUUCCUGCGUAUGGCCGACUAUCGCAUCCCGAGUACAUCCCGUUAGUGGACGUUCCUUCCGCUUUCCAAGUCUUUGGAGUUGGCAGUGCUGCUGUGGACGUUCCUUCGCCAUUCUGAGGGUGGGUGCUGGUGCCCGUCAGCUGCCCUCUGCCCUUCUGAGCACUGACAUUCGCAGGGUGGGCGAGUCCUGCCCGGACUGACGGCGGCCGUUGACCUUGGGUUGCUCCUGUCUGCAUCUGAUGGUUUCCCAUCAACAGGUGGCAGAACUGUUCACCCCCCCCCCCGCCCCCGAGAGACGCCACAGGGAGCCUGUCUCUGCCCUCAGCACUGAGCACCGUCCUUUUAGUUCAUUUUCUUCCUUCCUUAGUUCAGGGUUUCCCAUGAACAGCUCAACCUGUUGAAACAACAGGUGCUGAACAGUCGUGGAGUCAGACCCCAGCCCUCAGAGUCUCACUGUCGCAUUCCAGAUGGGUUCGGAAGACCCGGUGUGGGGGACCAGGGGCAGAGUGCUCAGCCGCAGACAUCUCGGCAAGUCACCUCACGUUUCCGUUUAUUCCGUGAAAUGGAGGUGAGGGACACUUUCUUGCCCACAGUUUUGUGAGAUUUAAGUCCGUGAUAUUUGAAAAGAAUCAUUCCCUGAAGAACACAAAAUGUGAAAUGUAUUUGAAAUAGCUUUAAACUUAGAACAUCAAUAAAAUGAUUCAAGUCUUAUUUAAAUAUUGUUUCUGAAAAAAAAAUUCAUUUAACCCCAUGUGAAAAAGCUUCCAAUGAUUUUUGUCCAAGAAGAAAGUAAACAAAAAUUCUUAUUAUCCUUAUUGCCCAUUUACCUCAUCACAUGUCCCCCAAGCUUGCCCAAGGCUUGCCUUGGGACACUGAAACUCAGGAAUACUUCGGACCCCUCUUACUUCGGGGUGUGAAUUAAGUGUCACAGAGAAAGAUGAGACAGGACCGGAGGGCCUAAGAGGUGCCAUUCUGACAGGGUCUUUCUCCCAUGGUUCUGGUGACCACCUCUGCCUGGCCAGCGCGGGCCCGUGGCAGAAUGACAGCUCCCUGUACGUUUCCUUUAGUCUGAACCUAAGUUUAGGCCAACCCUGCUGAAUUCUCAUCUCUGUAAUAACACUAUCGCAUGUUUUAUCUUUGCCAUUUGGUAUAAAAUUGUGUGUGGGGAAAUUUCAACACGUUCAAUAAAUUUCAUUUUUAAGU